AGCGCCGGCGGCGGCGGAGGGGGCUGGGGUGCGUCGGUCCCGCAGCUGCGGCUCGUUGCGCUCCGCUCGGCCCCGCUCCGCCCAGCCCGGCCCGGCCCGGCCCUUAACAGCGGCGCGGUCCUGGGACGCCGCAUGUGAACUGGGAAGGCGCCGCUGUCCUGCACUACCCUCCCCGCUCCCGGCACCGCCUGUCCGCCCUCUCACCCCGGCACCCCACCAUGAGCAACCUCGGCAAGGACACUGAGCAAGCCAACGGCAGCGGCAACGUCGAGGAGGAGGUACGGACACUGUUUGUCAGUGGUCUUCCUGUGGAUAUCAAGCCCAGAGAGCUCUACCUACUCUUCCGACCAUUCAAGGGUUAUGAAGGGUCACUGAUCAAGCUAACUUCAAAGCAGCCAGUUGGCUUUGUGACCUUUGACAGCCGGGCUGGUGCUGAAGCAGCAAAGAACGCCUUGAAUGGCAUCCGCUUUGACCCAGAGAACCCCCAGACCUUGCGGUUAGAGUUUGCUAAAGCCAACACAAAGAUGGCCAAGAGCAAGCUGAUGGCCACACCAAACCCCACCAAUAUCCACCCCGUCUUGGGCACACACUUCAUUGCACGGGACCCCUAUGACCCAACCGGAGCGGCCCUUAUCCCGGCAUCCCCAGAAGCAUGGGCUCCCUACCCCCUGUAUACCACGGAGCUCACUCCUGCCAUCCCCCAUGCUGCCUUCACCUACCCAGCAGCUGCUGCUGCGGCUGCUGCUCUUCACGCUCAGAUGCGCUGGUAUCCUCCCUCUGAAGCUACCCAGCAAGGAUGGAAGUCUCGUCAGUUUUGUUAGUUCAUUACAUCUCUCCUCGUCUCACGUUCCUCCUCCUCCUCCUCCUCCCUGCCUCUCCGGAGGGAUGUGGCCAGGGACAAUCACUCCGUCUCCUCUCGGUUUGGUUGCAGCCAGCGGACAAGGCACCCGGCCCCUGCACGCACCCCCAGGACUGCCAGCAUCCCCCUCUCUGGACUGUGAAGCCACUCCAGCCCCACGCUGUGGGUCAUGUGCCACCUCCAUCCCUCUAUCUGUCUCUCCCUCCCUCCAUCCCCAGGACAUCCUCCCCAGCUGAGCUUUGCCACCUGGCUGUGCCAAAGUCCAGCGGCGAUGGAGGGACAUGGUCCUGGGCUUCUCCAGGCUUGCCCUGCCCCAGCAGCUCGGCUGAAGGAAACAAAAGGCAAUGGGUUUUGCAUGUUUUCUGGCAUGAAUUAAAACACUUAACUUGUG